AUUUAAGAUGAGCGAUUACGACGACGAUUUUGAUAAUUUUGUGGAGUCUAAGGAUGACCAACUCCCUGACACUAAAAGAAAUAAUGAAGAAGGAAAGCAUACCUUUGGAAAUGGUGCAAAUAGCAGAAAUAAAGCAGCCUCAAGACUUUCGAAAGAAAGCAUUAAGAAAUCACAAGGUGAUAUUUCUCUCCCUGAAGUAAGAGGAUCAACCAAAGAAUUAGGCAAAGUUGAUUCAGAUGAUGAAGAAAAGGUUCCUAAGCCAUCAGGCAAAACUCUUCCUGCUUCUCAUCAAACUUCCUCCAAAGUUAAGAGUAAGACAAAAGUUAAAGACUCUGUUGCUAACAAAUUUAAUCCUAUUUUAAAAUAAGCCAGCUAAAAAUGAAGAUGAAGAUGACUACAAGGAUGAUGAUAGCUUCCAUGAUGAUAGUGAUGAACAAGAUAAGCAAGGGAACCCUCAGCCUAGUAAGAAAAAGAAGGACCUCAGGUUCCUUGUUGAUAAAUUCGCCCCAAAGAAUACAAUCACAAAAGGCAGUAGACAAUCUAGCCCAAAGUUAAAACCCAAAUUAAGUUUGGGGAAGUAUAAGUUCAACUCAGAUGUGGAAAGAGGGUCUAAAUCUAAACGGCCAAGGCUUAACAUGAACAGGUCGAUGAUGAGUACUACAGAUAUGAAGAAUAUCAGCUCCUUAAAGACUGAACAAAAACCUCGUAUAAAACUUAACCCGAUGGCAGAAAUCCAAAAAGACAUCGAAAAGUCCAAAAAGCAGUUAUCCAAGAUUCUAAAAUUACGUGAGAUUGGUUCAACUCAGACUGAUGAGGAGGACAAGCUCCUGUAUCUCACUAAGGAGAACAUUAUCCUAAGGACUGAAUUUAAAGAGCUUAAUAAAAACCUGAACAAGUUCAUUGAGUUGAUGAAAGAUCUUAAAUACAAGCGGGCUAAUCGUUACAGAGGUGCCAAUCAGUCCAUGAGAGACACCAGAGAGAGCAAAAUAGAGUUCAAGCUAGGAGAGCAGAAAAGUUAUGAGCAAAUGAUAGAGAAUAUGAUAACAGAACAGAAAAAGCUCCGUGACCGUUUAGAAGUAGUGGGAGACCCCAACUACAGCCUCUCGUUACGUAAAUAAAAUCAUUGAUACAAAAGAUCAUAUCCAAACCCUUGAGGAGAGUGAGAGAAAACAGCUAAAUGAUAAGUUCCUUAAGAAUAAAGAUGCUGAACGAGUUAUUAAUAAUGGCCAGAGUGAUGCCAUGAGAGCUACUCAAGAUGGUGCCAAGGAAUUAACUUACCUGACAGAUCACCUCCAGAAGAUAGAGAAAUAAAAUUACAAAGCAGGAAAAUAUGAAAGAAGAUGCUUAUCAACGGUAUCAGCUAGCAAAGCAUAAGCUCGAAAAUCUAGAGCAAAAUGCUGCAAAGGAUCUCAAUCUUGAUGAAGUCUAUGGUCUUACAUCCACAGAGCCUGAGAUUGAUGUUCAUAAUGAUCCUAAAAAUUAUGAGAGGAAGAAGCUAGUGAUCCAGCAAGCUAUGAAGACCACCCAGGCCAAGUACCAAACAAAGCUAGCUGAGUUGAAAGAAAAAUAUGAAGAACUUCUUAACAGCAGAAAUGAUUGAAUAGAAGGUAUUAGACUCAGACAAGACCAAACUAUUGAAGCUCGAGAGAAAGCUAAGGAUUUAAUGAUAAAAUCAAAAAUUAUGUCGGAAGAUUCUCUUGUUCAAGACACUAAGCAUGAUGAGACCUUAAAUGACCUCCCAGAUUUAUGAAUUGUAGAAGAAAAUCCAAUGAUAAUGAAACUUAAUCAAGCCUUAAAAGGAAGUAAAAAGCGUCAUAAGCUGAACAAAUCUGUUGCUUCAGCUAUUGGGGUAAGACAAAGUGCUAAUAAGCCUUCCAGAGGAGGAGCUGUAACAAAACGUGCGAACAAAUUUUCCUUAAGAAAGAAAGCCAAUAUGCCAGAUUUCGAUAAAAAUCCUAUCAGCAGUUCACAGAACCAAUUUGAUAUCUCAAAAACCAAGAGAAAUGAUGAUGAAAUGUCUCUCGAUAAUAGCUCUGAGAAGAAGCCAUUAUAUAGAAAUAGGAUGAAUGCUAAAGCUUUCUAAUAACCAAGAGAAUAUUUCAAA